AUGCAGUCAGCUCCGAAUACCGUGACUAGCAUUUUUCACCUUACUCUUUUUAAGUGUGUGUCUGGAGACCUCUCCUGUCCACGCCGCAGUGUUUUUUUGCUUGUUGGGAAGAGAAGGCGGGGUGGAUUUGUUAAGCCUUUCGUAUUGGUGUUCGGUGGUGCCAAGACUUCAUGCUUCUGUCCUGUUACCAGAGUUGUGGCCUCUACCGGUUACCAGCAAGAAUCCCAAAAUAAAUCCAUCAGAAUGACGCCUUCUCAGGUUACCUUUGAAAUAAGAGGAUCUCUCUUACCAGGAGAAGUUUUUGCAAUAUGUGGAAGCUGUGAUGCUUUGGGAAGCUGGAAUCCUCAAAAUGCUGUGGCUCUUCUAGACAGUGAGACAGGUGACAGCAUGUUAUGGAAAGCAACCAUUGCACUCACUAGAGGAGUAUCGGUUCAGUAUCGCUACUACAAAGGGUACUUUUUAGAACCAAAGACUAUCGGUGGUCCAUGCCAAGUCAUAGUUCACAAGUGGGAGACUCAUCUACAACCACGAUCAAUAACCCCUUUAGAAAGUGAAAUUAUUAUUGACGAUGGACAAUUUGGAAUCCACAAUGGUGUUGAAACUCUGGAUUGUGGAUGGCUGACAUGCCAGACCGAAAUAAGAUUACGUUUGCAUUAUUCUGAAAAACCUCCAGUCUCAAUAACCAAGAAAAAAUUUAAAAAAUCUAGAUUUAGGGUAAAGCUUACACUAGAGGGUCCCGAGGAAGAUGAUGAUGAUGCGGUAUCUCCCACUGUUCUUCAUAAAAUGUCUAAUACCCUAGAGAUAGCCUUGAUAAGUGACAAUGAGUUCAAGUGCAGGCACUCACAGCCAGAGUGUGGGUAUGGCCUGCAGCCUGACCGUUGGACUGAGUACAGCAUACAGACGAUGGAACCAGAUAACCUCGAACUGAUCUUUGAUUUUUUUGAGGAAGAUCUCAGUGAACACGUAGUUCAAGGUGAUGCCCUUCCAGGACACGUGGGCACAGCGUGCCUCUUAUCAUCCACCAUUGCAGAGAGUGGGCGGAGUGCCGGGGUCCUUACCCUUCCUAUCAUGAGCAGGAAUUCCAGGAAAACCAUAGGCAAAGUGCGAGUUGACUUUAUCAUCAUUAAGCCAUUAAUGGGCUACAAUUGUGAUAUGAAAUCUUCAUUUUCCAAGUAUUGGAAGCCAAGAAUACCACUGGAUGUUGGACAUCGAGGUGCAGGGAACUCGACCACAACCGCCCGGCUGGCUAAGGUUCAAGAAAAUACUAUUGCUUCUUUAAGAAACGCUGCUACUCAUGGUGCAGCUUUUGUAGAAUUUGAUGUCCAUCUUUCAAAGGACUUUGUGCCUGUGGUAUAUCAUGAUCUUACUUGCUGUUUGACCAUGAAGAAGAAAUUUGAUGCUGAUCCAGUUGAAUUAUUUGAAAUUCCAGUAAAGGAACUAACAUUUGACCAACUCCAGUUGUUAAAGCUUUCUCAUGUGACUGCACUAAAAUCUAAAGAUCGGAAAGAAUCUGUAGUUGAGGGAGAACAUUUCUUUUCUGAAAACCAGCCAUUUCCUUCUCUUAAGAUGGUUUUAGAGUCUUUACCAGAAGAUGUAGGGUUUAAUAUAGAAAUAAAGUGGAUCUGCCAACAAAGGGAUGGAAUAUGGGAUGGUAACUUGUCAACAUAUUUUGACAUGAAUCUAUUUUUGGAUAUAAUUCUAAAAAAUGUUUUAGAAAACUCUGGGAAGAGGAGAAUUGUAUUUUCUUCAUUUGAUGCAGAUAUCUGUACAAUGGUUCGACAAAAGCAGAACAAAUAUCCCGUAUUAUUUUUGACUCAAGGAAAAUCUGAUAUUUACCCUGAACUUAUGGACCUCAGAUGUCGGACAACCCCCAUUGCAAUGAGCUUUGCACAGUUUGAAAAUCUUCUGGGGAUAAAUGCACAUACUGAAGAUCUUCUCAGAAACCCCUCCUAUAUUCAGGAGGCAAAAGCUAAGGGUCUCGUCAUAUUUUGCUGGGGUGAUGACACCAAUGAUCCUGAAAACAGAAGGAAGUUGAAAGAAUUUGGAGUUAAUGGUCUAAUUUAUGAUAGGAUAUAUGAUUGGAUGCCUGAACAGCCAAAUAUAUUCCAAGUGGAGCAGUUGGAACGCCUGAAGCAAGAAUUACCAGAGCUUAAGAGCUGCUUGUGUCCCACUGUGAGCCACUUUGCGCCCUCAUCUCUGUGCGGGGAGCCUGACAACCACGUGGAUGCCAAUGGCAUCGAUAACGUGGAGAACGCUUAGCUUCUCCUGUGCACUGUGCAGACUGUUCAGCGGUGGCUCUUCCGGGUGUUCACCUUCCAUCAUUGAACAUUGUUUAUCUCUGCCUUUUGGGUUUCUCAGUCCAAUGAAGCAAUAAUGAAGUAUUUUAUUCUUUCACUACAGUUCUUGCAAGAAUUUCAAGUAUGCUGUUUAAAUCACUUGGCCAGGUAUAAUUGCCAGUCAGUCUCUACAGCAAGAAAAUGUAUUGGUUGGUAAAUAUUUUUUUAACUAAAUAAGCCUAUGUUAAAUUUAUAUGAAAAACAUAGAUCUUUGAAAUUAACUAUAUAAAUAUCAUAUUUACACGUCUUAGCUUUUUAUUUGAUCAGGUCUCAAAUCUUUAGCCCUUGAGGAAAAUGACUAUGCAUAGUUAUACCUGACCAUGGAAAAUAUAAGUACCUCAAAUGCAUGCAUUUGCACUGGUGAUUGCAACUGCACAAACCUUUGUGCCAUCUGUGUAUAUAGGUUUUUUUUAAAAAGAAAAAAACAUGGAUCGACAUGCACAGAAACCAUUUUCAUUCAGUAUGAGCCUUGAGGCUGCUGCCAUUUUUCCACUUAACCAAACCAGCCUGGGGUGCACCUUGAAACUUGUUUCUUCAAUCUUUCAAGAGUUCUUUUGCAUAAAUAUUAAAAUUUCAAAAUGCUGCAGGGUAAUUUAACAUGAACUAUUGGCAAGAAGUAUGUAUUGCAUUAUUAAUAGAGUAGAUCACAGUGUAUAAAUCCAGUUUGAUGCAUGCUUUAGGUUUUAAGCAUGAGAUUGUACACUUUACUGUUUAGUCCUUGCGUCUGGUGCUAGGUGAGCGUGAGAAGAUGGCAAGGACUAGCAAUAUUUUGUUGCCUAAAAAAAAAAAGAGCCUGUUUGUUGGCAUUUGAAAUAUGCUUAGUUAGUGUCUCUCACUACCUAUUACACAUCGUUGCUUUGUGGGUUUGUUUUAUGUGCAUGUGUGUUGUAUAAUAGUUAAAUCUCAAUGCAAAGAAAAUAAAUGUUCUGAAUUCUUAUAUUGGUAUUCUUUAUUGGUUAAUAUAUAUCAUGCAUGUAAUUUAGGAAUGUAGAAGAUCUUACUAAAUGUGUGUGCAUGGUUUUAGGUUUCUUUAGAAGUGGAUUGCAUCGACAUAACUAACAAGAAUGAAUUUAAAUUGACAUUUUCUUCAUGAUAGAAUUUCAGGAAGAUGUUACUUUUAUAGAAUGGUUUUAUAAUGUUAUUAUGAGCACUUGAAAUUUAGUGUUGACUCUAAAGGAAUAUCUUAUUUGCAUCCACCUUUUACUGUAUAUUCUUCCUGAGGCGAUUUAUUCAUGUAUUGUCAUAUUGAUAGUAGCUGAGAACCUAAGACUUGAAAUUACACAUUGUAACUUUCAUUUUUAAGCAAAGUAAUGCAAUUUCGGUCAGAUCUUAAUUGUGUGACGAUGGGGUCUGAAGUCCUAUGGUGUUUGUAACACUGAUGUUUAGUGGAAAGUAGUUGAAGAAAUGGAGUCUUCUACAAAUUUUCCAUACUUUUCCCACAUCGAAUGAAAUUUUUUAAUGUUUUCAUGCAAAUUGGGCA